CUGUUUACCUCUGUAAGAGAACAAUGCAAAACAAGGCACGACUGGAGCUAGCAGACUAUGAGGCUGAGAGUCUGGCCCGGCUACAGAGAGCAUUUGCCCGGAAGUGGGAGUUCAUUUUUAUGCAAGCAGAAGCACAAGCAAAAGUGGACAAGAAGAGAGACAAAAUCGAAAGGAAGAUCCUUGAUAGCCAAGAGAGAGCAUUCUGGGACGUACACAGGCCAGUGCCUGGAUGUGUAAAUACUACUGAAGUGGACAUUAAGAAGUCAUCCAGAAUGAGAAACCCACACAAAACACGAAAGUCUGUCUAUGGUUUACAAAACGAUAUUAGAAGUCACAGUCCUACCCACACACCAACACCAGAAACCAAACCUCCAACAGAAGAUGAGUUGCAACAACAGAUAAAAUAUUGGCAAAUACAGUUAGAUAGACAUCGGUUAAAAAUGUCAAAAGUUGCUGAUAGUCUACUAAGUUAUACAGAACAGUAUUUAGAAUACGACCCAUUUCUUGUGCCACCCGACCCCUCUAACCCAUGGCUGUCUGAUGAUACUACUUUCUGGGAACUUGAAGCAAGCAAAGAACCAAGCCAGCAGAGGGUGAAACGAUGGGGUUUUGGCAUGGAUGAGGCUUUGAAGGAUCCAGUGGGGAGAGAACAGUUCCUUAAAUUUCUAGAAUCAGAAUUCAGCUCAGAAAAUUUAAGAUUCUGGCUAGCAGUGGAGGACCUGAAGAAAAGGCCUAUUAAAGAAGUACCCUCGCGAGUUCAGGAAAUAUGGCAAGAAUUUCUGGCUCCAGGAGCCCCCAGUGCCAUUAACUUGGAUUCUAAGAGUUAUGACAAAACUACACAGAAUGUGAAGGAACCUGGACGAUACACCUUUGAAGAUGCUCAGGAGCACAUUUACAAACUGAUGAAAAGCGAUUCAUACCCACGUUUUAUAAGAUCCAGUGCCUAUCAGGAACUUCUACAGGCAAAGAAAAAGGGCAGAAACAUCCCUAUUUUCCCAUGCCAUAAAAACUGUACACCAACACUGAGGGCCAGCACUAACCUGUUAUGAAAAGAGGGGAAAUCUCUCACAUCAAAGAGGUUAACAAGUCUUGUUCAGUCUUACUAAAGGAUCAUCUUGUAGCAUGGAAGCUGACUGGAGUCAUUACACAUACUUGUAGCUCGUUGUUACCUGGAGCAGAGGAUAUUAGACCAAGAUGUUGCAUGAGCAAAGGACCUAAAUUGUUAUUUUUGUGUGUACAUUCCAUCUCCAAGGAACUCUACCAUCUCAAUGCCUCCAUUUCAAAUUGUUGUCUGCUUUCUUUCUCCUUCUACUAAGCUGGAUCUGUGUCUUUUCCUUUUUAAAAAGUUCAAGUGAUGUGAAACCUUUU